AUGGAGGAUGCAUCGCAAGCACCCCAUUUACAUCACCACCAUCGCAAGCGACGGCGAGGGUGGGAAAAAGGACCAUACGUGCGUGUGCAUUACGAGAACCUGUCAAAAGCCAGCUUGGAUCAUCUUCAGAACCUCCUGUCCUCGUGGUCCUCAUGGGAGUCCACCCAAACUCCAACCUCUGAACGCGAGGGUCAGGAGCAGCAGGGCACAAGGCUGAGUGGAACAGACGUCUACUUCCCCUCCUCUGGGCCUUCCUCUGCAGCAGUCCCCUCUGUGCUAUCUCGCCUUGGUCCUCUGGGUUCCUUUCGCUCUCCUGGGGCUACAGGGCAGGGAUCCAUAGCACCACUGCGUGUAUGGGCUGCUCUUCCCCCGCCCAAGCCACUGCUUUCCCCCUCACUUCCUCCGAAGCAGUCACAACCGCCAUCUGCUGUUGCUGAACCUUCUACUGGCUCUCCUGGUACUGUUGGUGCUGCCGGGGUUCGCAGUGGCGUCACGUUCAAUAAGCACUACAGCACAGCCAACGACGUGCCUCUCUAUGAUAGGUCAGAAUCAGGCCUCGUUUUGGGCGUUCAUAGCAGCAGGAGCACAGGUGUAGGUGCAGGCGUUAACGGAACAUCCACGGGCGAUGGGUCCCAGCCAGGAAAGGACUCCAAUGCUCCCUCUGAUACAGCACCAGAAUCAGCAGCAGGAGGAGGGGGAGGGGACCUUUCCACCCUCACACCUCUCUUCCUCCAUUCAAACUCCUCUCGCACAGAGGAGGCACUCAAGUUAAAAUCCGCCGCCCGCUGCUUCAACUGCGGCUCCUACACUCACGCUCUGCGGGAAUGCCAACGCCCAAGGGACCAUGCCGCUGUAGCAGCCGCCCGAGCAGAACACGCAGGGGCGAAGGGGCAGGGUGGGAAGAGUGGAAACAGUGCUGCUGGGGAGGGAGGGGUGGGGAAUUCCAGGUAUUAUGGGUUUGGAGGGGCGGGGGGCGGGAAAGGGAGAGGAGGAGGAUCGAUGGAGGAAAGGUUUGAAGGGCUCGUGCCGGGUGUGCUCAGUGCGGAGCUGCGUGCAGCCAUGGGCAUCGGGGGGGUUGGGUGGGGUGUGCUGGCGGUAGCUGCGAAACUGUUGAGGCUAAAGGAGGGAGGGAUGGAGGAGACGUAUGAGAGCCUGCUGCCAGGUGUGUUGAGUUCAGAGGUGCAUGUUGCCGUGGGUCUAGGAGUGUAUUCCUCCCCGCUCCGCUCCCUCCUCACACACCUCCUUCUCUCUCCCUACUUACCAUAA